GGAAACGCUGUCUGUCUGUUUACAGAUACCAUCACUAACUUAACAAAGUCUCCUACGAUUGGACAGAGUCUCACAUACUGGUGUGUAUACUCAAAAGGACAACUAGACAACCAGAUUAAAUUCAUCUGUAAGGGAGAAGAUCCAUCCAUAUGUGAACCUCUAGUGACCACCGAACAGCUCAAACAGAACACUGGGAGGUUUUCCAUGGAGGACAACAAAGAGAAGAGAAAAAUCACCAUUACAGUGAGAGACGUAACAUCAGAGGACACCGGGACAUACUGGUGUGGAGCUAAAACCAAUGACACAACACGCAGCAACCCAUUCUUCCACAGAUUGGUGAUGACUGUCGUGCCUCCAACUACACCCUCUAUUAUCUCAUCAGCACCACCUCAUCCUGUUACAUCUUCCGUUUCAUCGACCCAGUCCACGACUGCAUCUGCUGAGAGCAGUGGUGGUGGUGAAUCCUGGGUAACUGUAGUCGUUGCUGUGGUCGUCUGUGUGGCUUUUCUGGUGCUUCUGAUUAUUUUGGUUCUCAGCUACAAACGAUUUCAGCGUUCAAAAAACACAAGAAUUGGAGAACUACCGAACAACGAGGAUCGUGCCUAUGAUGAGAUACAGGUGCCCCCCCAGAAGCCCGGCGCUGGAACUGCUCUUCAAACUAUUUAUGUCACUGCCAACGCUCCCACAAUCCCCUCUGUCCCGCAGUAUUACUCCACCGUCAACUUUCACACCGGCUCCGGUGAAGCCGGCGACGACACAUAUUCUACUGUGAAGGACAACGACCAAAGUCCCGCCUACUCAACUGUCAAUCAUCCAUCCAGACUUCCUGAAGACCCGUUCUAUUCUACUGUCAACAAGCCGCAGUAGCACUGAGACCAGUCACGACACUAUUCAGGUCAUUCUUUAUGGGAUUUAUGUUUUUAUUCAAACCAGGCUUCGGGCUUCAGGAUUCAUUACAUCGUUCACUUUGUUUGGAUCGAGGUUUAGUCACCAAGCUACCAGUUCUGUAACCAACACUGCAGUUCAAUACAACAUGUCAAUAAGGACCAUAGAAGUGAAUUAACGCUUGAAUAAUAUUCACUAAAAUACGAGUUAAUACAGGACAGUUGGAUUGGAUUACAUCCAGGUGCGCUUGAUAGCAUGUAUAGUAAGUAGGGCUGUCAAUUGAUUCAUAUAUCUAAUCACGAUUAAUCGCAAAUUAAUCACAUUUUUUAUCUGUUCAAAAUGUACCUUAA